UCCGGGGAGGCGGCGGGACGGGUUACGAUGAGACAGUUGGUAGGGGGCGGGGGUUCUCCCGGCACCAAGCCCGGUCUUGAAGCCUUGCCACGGACCUGAAGCCCUACUCCUCAGUCACAGAGCGAGCGCAAGUGACACGAUGUUGAUCAUCAUUGACUCGAUCUAACCAGGGUUGCUGUUCUGGGAUUAAUGUGGAGCCCGGGCCAUGGUAGCUGGUUCCCACCCCAACCAUGGAUGAGGUCACCUUCAAAAGCGACACUGUGCUCUCAGACGUCCACCUCUACACCCCCAACCAGAGACACCUGAUGGUGCGCCUGAACAGCACAGGGCAGCCUGUUUUUCUGUCCCAUUUCAAGCUUGUGUGGAGCCAAGAUUCUCAGAUAGACUUGAGGACUGAGGGUGGCGAUUAUAGAGAUGUUCCUACAGAGGAGACUCUGGCUGGGGCAGGCAGCCCUGGGUCCCCUCCUGGGAGUAGCUGCAGCAGUGAGGGCUCUCCCCUCCAGGCCAGCACUGAUGCCACUGGCCAGGAAGGGGCAGGAGCUCAACUGGAUGAAGAUGGGGAUUUGGAUGUUGUGAGAAGACCUCGAGCUGCCUCUGACUCUGAGCCUGCAUGGUGUCCGAGAGACAAGGUACAUCCCAUGAUUCUAACACAGGAAGAAGAUGACAUCCUGGGAGAUGAAACACAGGAGAACAGCACCUAUGAUAUCAUCAGAAUAGAACACACCAUGGCCACGCCCCUGGAUGACGUUGGCAAGCAGGUGUGGCGUGGUGCCCUGUUCCUGGCUGACUACAUUCUGUUCCAGUGGGACCUUUUCCAGGGACGUACUGUGCUGGAGCUCGGGGCAGGCAUGGGGUUCACCAGCAUCAUCGCAGCCACGGUGGCUCAGACCGUGUAUUGUACAGAUGUUGGAGCAGAUCUCUUAGCCAUGUGCCAGCGAAAUAUUGCCCUCAACAGCCACCUGACUGCCUCUGGAGGCAGUGUAGUUAAGGUCAGAGAACUGGACUGGCUGAAAGACAACCUCUGCACAGAUCGCGACGUCCCCUUCAGCUGGUCAGAGGAAGACAUCUCCGACCUGUACAACCACACCACCAUAAUGCUUGCGGCCGAGGUGUUUUAUGAUGACGAGUUAACUGAUGCUCUGUUUAAAACGCUGUUCCGGCUCGCUCACAAGCUGAAAAACGCCUGCACAGCCAUUCUCUCUGUGGAGAAGAGUUUAACCCACAUACCAACCCCGCCUGUGUGCCGGCACUGCCGUUACCUUUUUCAGACGGAAGAGAUGUCCAAGGCACAUCAGGGAACCUGGCCCACAGCUAGUCAGCUGAACUUCACUCUGAGUCACCUGGAUGUCACGUGUGAAGCCUAUGACCACUUCCACUCCUCCCUGCACCAGCUGGAGAAGCACAGGGAUGGCCAGCUGCGCUUUACAGUGGAGCCAGUGGAAGCCUCCUUCCCUCAGUACCUCGUGUAUGAGCGCAUCCGGCAGCUGGAGCUGUGGAAGAUCUUUGUGGAACCAGUAACCUGACCAUCACAUCUGCAGGCACGGCUCCUCGGCCGUUUUUCUGAUAAGUUCUAAUAAAAAUAAAAGGUUCACAGUGUGA